AUGCAGACUCGAAUACCUUUGCCACGGCCAGUGCAGCCGUUGCAUGUCUACCGCCACCUGCUGCGCUCUGCCACCUACUUUCCUCCCUCAAUACGACCGUUCCUCGAUCAUCGCAUACGGACGGCUUUUCGAGACGAGCGGGACAGAAUGGCUGAAAGCGAGCUCAACAUUGCCGAGUCCCUCAACUCAGCAGAAGCUCGAGAAAGGGAAGAGGACCGGCGCAAAAAGGUCCUUGCCGACGCAAAACACAAGGUUCCUGUACUCCAGGCUGCCGUUGAAGGCGACCAAGCCCGUCUACGGCGUGUCAUGUGGCAUGCCUUUGGCCGACUUGGCAAAUCCCGCCGCGAGCUUAUGGCCACAUUUGUCCAAAAGGCGCCGGAUCCCAAGGCUGACCCUGCCAAGCUAGAAGAGCUCGCAAAGAAAAAGGAAGAGCAUAAAAAGAUGAUGGAAAAGCGCGCCGAAAUCCAUCCUUGGAACCGCGAAUACACCUGGGACGAGCCCACGCCCUGGCUUCGGCAACAUCUCAGUCCUAUGGAAGAAAAUUGGGACCUUCCCAAGCUGGAUCGAUACCUCAGGGCGCAAAAGAGCCACCAGCGUAACACCACGGGCGCCGCCUUUCCUAGAGGCACAAUCGGCGAUCUUGAUCCAGAAAAAGAUGUACCCGAGAAGGACGGUUGGGGCCGUCCAGUCGCAUUGCGAAGAGUAACGAAACUCACAAGAAAGUUCUGGAAGGCCCAGGCCGACAAAAUUAUGCCUCCGGUAUCCCAGGCAAAUUGGGAGUCUUUACAGCAGCUCGCAUCCGGAGAGGCGCCUCCUGAGAUGUACAGGAUGUUGAGACGACGGCCUAUCGCCGGCGGCCCCGUCGAAGCGCCUCAAGAUGCCAUGACUAGCGAGCGGUCUUCGAUACUCUCUGGCAACGAUGGAGACGAAUGGGAAUCGCAGGAACCGCGGGAACCGUGGGAGUGGCAGUCUUCCGCCCUAAUCCCUGUUCGCGAGACUGAACGACCAAGUCAACGAGAACUCGAAUUGCUCACCGGCGAGAAGGACCUUGGACCAUAUUCGCAAGCACGUCACCUCCGUCUUGGACACAAUGAGAAGAGAGACCGAAUUGUAAUUGAGAAUGUCAAACGCCGCGCCUUCUCCAAGCGCGCUGUGCGGCGUGAAUAUCUCAAGAUGUGGCAGGCAACCUCAUAUAUGAAGGGGGGCCAGAGCAAAUCGGCAAGGCCUGUGUGGGGUCGCGUGGAAUUAGAACUGCCCGUGGUCACUGCGACGCAUCAUCAUUUCUUCGGAGGCGUCGAUGCCCAAGGCCGCGUACCGAAACCAGAGCGACACGAGUCUACAAACACGAGCAGUACUGUGCCUGAGGAUGAGAAAGCCCAGUCUAGAAGUGCAAAACAAGUCAGUUCUGGUGGUGACGCCGGUGCGACUGGCGAGCCUCGGUCUAAGUCGCCUGAUUCCGAGAAGCCCGGAACUCCUGGCGACUUUGUAGCAAGGCCCCGUGACUUUAAGAAUCCCAAGCUAUCCAGGCCUCCGCGUCAACUCGACAGCACGGCAGGUAGCUUUGGAAACUUCAAGCUCUCCAAGUCUAGAGAUCACAGGCAGCGAGACACACGCGACACCAAUUCGAGUGACUCGAGGAGAGCAUCUUUGACGUCAAAAUAG